UGAGGCGCGCCGUUAAUAAUGAGCAGCGCCCUCUAUUAUGCGCACGUGCGUUAAAUUCAUGAACGAAGACAGAAAUCAGAAUGUCCGGCAGUAUUUUUCUUUCCAGAUCAUGUCAAAGCUUGAGGAGAAUUUUACAAGGCAGUUCGCAUCCAUUUUUUAUGAAUAAUGUGAAACGAUUUUACAGAGAGAGGAAGCGUUUUUACAAAAAUGUCAGCAUCAGCCAAUCAGGGAAGAGCUUUGAAAUCAACUUGGACCGCAGGAAGGUCAAGACACCCGCCGGCCAACUCCUCGUCAUUCCCAACGAGCCAUUGGCUAUCGCCGUGGCAACAGAGUGGGAUAACCAAGGAGACGUCAUAAAGCAGCACACAAUGCAUUUGACCUCAUUAUGCAACACAGCCAUAGACAACCCCUCCACAAGGAACAAACAGCAGGUCAUUAGGGCUAUCCUGCACUACCUGGACACUGAUACAGUAUGUUACAGAUUGCAGGACCCACCAGAGCUGUUUGCCCUUCAGACCAACGAGUGGGAUCCGCUACUAGACUGGAUCAACGAGAGGUACAAGGUUGAAGUGUCCUCGUCAACCUCUAUCACAGGGCCUGAGAUACCCGACGCCACCAGACAGACCCUGGGCCAUCAUUUAGAGACACACUCUGAUUGGGCUCUUGUAGGCUAUGAAAACACAGUGAGUUGCCUGAAAUCGGUAGUCCUGACCUUUGCCCUGAUGGACAGGAGGCUGGGUGUAGAGGAGGCUGUCACACUGUCGCUAUUAGAAACCGAAUUCCAGACUGCAAGAUGGGGCAGCGUUGAAUGGGCGCACGACACGGAGAUAGCAGACCUGAAGGCACGCGUUGCGGCAGCGUCACUCUUCACCCAGUUGGUCUCCGGGUCACACGAGGUCAAACAGAAACAACCAAUUCAGUAAACUGAUGACGGUAGCAGCAUUGACUGUGUGACAAUAGGUCUCGUUCAAAUGACGUCAUUUCCUACAGACCAUCCACAUGCAUCGGCAUUUUGAGCGUCAACUUGCAAUAACGCGCAUCGGCUGCGUCGUAUUUCAAACACAUUUCGAGCAACAAGCGAACAUGUUUUGAACAUUUUCAACACUGCGCAAUGCGUGCUUGAUUAAAAUACGCAGUUGCAGUUCUCGAACAGAGAUGGCCGUCAUUGAGCGAGCCCUAUACCAUCUUAUGUCAAGUAUGCAUCGGACUUUACCUCGUGAACAGAUUUGGGCUGGAUUGGUGUAUUGGAGUCACAAGAGGGCAGUAUGUAACUUGAUUGGUCUUCGUGAUAAUUUCCAGUGUCGUCAUCAAUGUUUGACUGUUUAUCAGUUAGUCAAUUCCACUGAAGUUUAUUGAACAUUUUGUGGUGCUCGAACACUUCAUGCGUGCGCUGUACGUCUGUUUCUGUCAGUUUGUUUUGCUUACAUUUCAAUUUUUCGUAAGGACCCCAAAGUGAUACGAGGGCGGGGGAUGGGGGGGGGGGAAUCAUAUUUUUUAUAAAUAACCUAGUACAUCCAUCAUGUGCUGUAAAGCAAACUCAGUUUCCAAAAACUACAAUUGCACAACACAUUCACACGAUUCAAUGAAUUUGAACUUUUUCCAAAUGAAAACUUUUUUAGAAGUAAAACAGUUUUUAUUGACGCACACAUUUAGUACAGAAAGUUAUUGGACGGAAUACUUUUUGUACAAAGCCAUUGUAAAAUAUACACAGUUGUUUACACAUAUGUACAGGCCUAUUCAAUAAUUGUGUUUGGAGAGGUUCUUAAAAUUACGUAUCGUGAAGACUGGAAAGACAGAAAUAAAGGAUGCAAAUCCUUAAACAGGGAA